CCAGUUCAAGCUAGGAUGUCUGUAUCACUAACAGCAGCUAAAACUCUGGCCCCUCUAGGUACACAGGAUCAAGAAAAGGUUAUGAUGAUGGGGCCAAAGGAAUAGGAACAGACUUGGGAAUGUGAGAACAGACUACAUGGGAACCACUCUCCUAGUCAAGAGAUCUUCCGCCAGCGCUUCAGGCAGCUCUGUUACCAAGAGACUCCUGGUCCCCGGGAGGCCCUGAGGCAACUAAGGGCCCUCUGCUGUGAGAGGCUGAGGUCUGAGAGUCACAGCAAGGAGCAGAUCCUAGAGGUACUGGUACUGGAUCAAUUCCUGACCAUCCUGCCCAAGGAGUUCCAAUCCUGGGUGCGGGGACAUCACCGUAAGAGUGGAGAGAAGGCUGUGACUGUGCUGGAGGAUUUAGAGAAAGGACUCAAUGAACCAGGGCCCCAGGUCCCAGGCCUUGCGUGUGGACCUGCAUGGGAAGAGCGAAAGGAGAAGGCAGCUCUGGGAGCAGCCCAGGAGAAACCAAGCUUCCAGCUGCAGCCUAUGGAGCCCUGGCCCUUCCCAGAGAGUGUAUAUCUGCAGUUUCCAUCAAACGUUGCAGAAGAUGAUGCAGAGACCAAGGACAAAGGGUAGUUGCCACAACCACCCAUUACUGAAGUGGAAUCACAGGUCUCAGAGAAAACCACCAGCACCGCUACCUUUGAAGCUACCUCUGAAGGUGAGGGUCCUUUAGAGCAGCAGCAGAGAAAUCUUAAAAGGGAGAGACUGAGGGAGUCCCCCACUCAGGGGAAAAGCUUCAGACAGAUGACUGUAGCCCAUAAGACAACUCCCACAGGGAAGAAAGACCAUAAAUGCAGUGAAUGUGGUAAAGCCUUCAUUUAUAACUCACACCUUAUCAUCCACCAGAGAAUUCAUUCUGGAGAGAAAAUCUGUAAGUACAGUGACUGUGGGAAAAUGUUCAACCAGAGUUCAAGCCUCAUUCAGCAUCAAAGAAUUCAUACAGGAGAGAAACCCUACAAGUGCUAUGCCUGUGCGAAGUCCUCCAGGCGGAGUGCUCAUCUUGUUCAGCAUCAGAGGAUUCAUUCAGGGGAGAAGCCCUACAAGUGUAAUGAAUGUGGGAAAGCCUUCAGCCAAAGCUCCUACCUAAGUCAGUGUCUGAGAAUCCACAAUGGAGAGAAACCUUUCAUCUGUAAAGAAUGUGGGAAAGCCUACAGAUGGAGUUCCAAGCUUAUCAGACACCAAAGAGUUCAUGCCAGAGAAGAGCCUUCCCUGUGGACUGAGGGUGAGAAAGUCUUCAGGCAGAGUUGUACUUUUGUCUAA